UGUGGGUGUCUUUAAGAGCUUCUUUCCCGACUGGUGUCGGUUCUGCUGCUCACUGGUAAGAGAGAGAGAAAGGGGCACGAGCUGCUGAAAUAUCAAGGAGAAAAGAGACCACGCGAGUCGUACUGGACUUUAUUUAUUAGGAUACAUAUUUAGGAUAUACUGCCAUUCAACCUGGACAAACAUGCAGUUGCCAAAGUCAUGGGCUUACGGUUUGACGCUGCUCUCCGUUUUCAGCUCAGCCAUGUGCGCCAGUCACCACAGCUGUGAUGGAUCUCUGGCGUCUCUUCUGCCUGCAAACUCAUUUCUGAGCUCUUCGCAUUUCCCAGACAGUCGGGCUGCGUACUUCGCUAAACUAAACAGAAGAGAUGGAGGAGGAGGGUGGAGCCCAGAAUCGACGGACAGGUCGCCAUGGUUGCAGGUUGACCUCCAAGACCGAGUGGAGGUGACAGCAGUGGCCACACAAGGUCGUCACGGCAGCACAGACUGGGUCAGUGCCUACAUGCUCCUCUACAGUGACACGGGGCGGGUCUGGAAGCAGUACAUGUUGGAGGACAGUGUUGGGAGGAUUGUGGGUAAUGUGAAUCCGGACAGUGUGGUUCACCAUAAACUCAGCCAGCCUAUCAGAACCAGGUUCCUGCGUUUCGUUCCUCUGGAGUGGAGCCCUAGCGGUCGAGCGGGUCUCAGGGUGGCUGUGUAUGGCUGUACCUACCGAUCAUAUGUGGCCGACUUUGAUGGCAGAAGCUCUUUGCUUUACCGAUUCAACCAGAAGUCAAUGAGCACGGUCAAAGAUGUUAUAUCUCUGCGAUUUAAGAGUCGACAGGCUGAGGGUGUUUUACUGCAUGGAGAAGGCCAGCGAGGGGAUUAUAUCACUCUGGAGCUACAUCGUGGAAGACUGGCCUUGCAUUUAAACCUGGAUGACAGCAGGGUGAGGUCCAGCAGUGCACGUAUGGUUGUCACUCUUGGAAGUCUUCUGGAUGAUCUUCACUGGCACUCUGUUCUGAUCGAACGCUUUAACAAACAGGUCAACUUCACUUUGGACAGACACACGCAGCAUUUCAGGACCAGGGGUGAUGGAGAUUCUCUUGAUGUUGAUUAUGAGCUAAGCUUUGGUGGAAUCCCACUGCCUGGUAAACCUGGAACCUUUAUUCGCCGCAACUUUCAUGGUUGCAUGGAAAACCUCUACUACAAUGGAGUGAACAUCAUCGACCUGGCAAAGCGAAGAAAGCCUCAGAUAUACAGUGUGGGCAACGUGACCUUUUCCUGCUCAGAGCCGCAGCUGGUGGCAGCCACAUUUCAGAGCUCCAGCAGCAGCUUUCUGUCGUUGCCAGCACCUGCACCGGUCCUGGAAGGCCCUUCAGUCCGCCUGCAGUUUCGCACUUGGAACCCCGAUGGCCUGCUGCUCACCACCCCACUCAUCUCCAGUCAGGAGCCUUCGUACCUGAUCUUGCAGAUCAGCAGUGGGCGCCUCCACCUCACACACCAGACGGCAAAUCUGAAGAUGUCUGAAGUGUCAGCCGGCCAAAGGGUGAAUGAUGGUUUGUGGCAUUCGGUGAGUCUCAACACUAGAGGUCUACAGAUCAUUAUGACUCUGGACAAUGAGCCUGCAUCCACCAUCCAGCUGAAGAAUUACCUGGAGCCAAAAGACAAACACUAUUUUGGAGGGUGUCCUAUAUCUCAGGACGACUCCAGCUGCUUUAAUCCUACAAUGGCCUUUCAGGGUUGCGCCCGGCUCAUUUUUGUUAACAACCAACCAGUGGAUCUCAUGUCAGUCCAGCAAGGCCAUCUAGGGAGCUACAGUCAAAUACAGUUUGACUUAUGUGGCAUUCGUGACAGGUGUCUCUAUAAUUUUUGUGAGCAUGGUGGCCGAUGUUCUCAGACGUGGUCUUCAUUCUACUGCGAUUGCACUGGUACAGGAUACAGUGGAGCUACUUGCCAUAACUCUGUGUAUGAAGCUUCGUGUGAACGCUAUAGGCUUGCCGGAAGCUCGUCGGGUUAUUUCUCCAUUGAUCCUGAUGGAAGUGGCCCUCUGGAUCCUGUUCAAGUCUACUGUAACAUCACAGAAAACAAAGUGUGGACUGUGGUCCAUCACAACAGCUCAGAUGGAGUCAGGGUACGAGGUUCGACGCUGCAGAAGCCGUAUGUGGCGUGGUUCAAUUACAGCGCCUCAUCUGAUCAGCUGAAAGCUUUAGUGUCUCUGUCAGAACAUUGUGAGCAGAGAAUCGCCUACCACUGCAGGAGAUCACGGCUCUUUAAUCCUUGGGAUGGCACCCCUUUGUCCUGGUGGGUUGACCGCAGUGGAGAGAAGAGAACGUACUGGGGUGGAUACCAGCCGGGCGUGCAGCAAUGCUCCUGUGGUCUGGAGGAGAACUGUGCCGACAUGAAUUACUUUUGCAACUGUGAUGCAGAUAGAAUGUCAUGGGAGAAUGACACCGGAGUUUUCACAUAUAAAGAACACUUGCCGGUUCAGGAGAUAGCGGUUGGUGACACUUACAGACUGGGCUCUGAAGCCAUGUACUCCGUGGGACCCCUGCAGUGCUCCGGUGACAAGUUCUUGUGGAACGCCGCAUCCUUUUAUCAAGAGGCUUCAUGUCUGCUCUUCCCUGGCCUCCCGGCAGAACUCUCCCUCGAUGUCUCCUUCUACUUCAAAACUGCCUCUCUCUCUGGGGUUUUCCUUGAGAACAUGGGCAUUGAGGACUUCUUCCGAAUAGAGCUGAGCUCUCCCUCAUCUGUGACCUUCUCCUUCGAUGUGGGCGACGGGCCAGUAGUGCUGACCGUAAAAUCUCCUGUGCCACUAAAUGACAGACAGUGGCACUGGGUUCGAGUCGAACGCAAUGUAAAAGAAGCAUCCUUGCACGUUGACCAACUACCCCUGCAAAUCACAGAAAUCUCUUCUGAUGGUUACCUUCGCCUUCAGCUCGGCAGCCAGAUGUUUGUUGGAGGCACAGCCACAAAACAAAAAGGUUUUCUUGGGUGUAUCCGGGCAUUUAAUAUGAACGGAGUGAACUUUGACCUUGAGGAGCGUGCCAAAGUGACACCGGGAGUGAGUUCGGGGUGCGCUGGUCACUGUAGCAGCUCAGCUGGGCUUUGCCACAAUCGGGGAAAGUGCAUUGAGAAGAGCAGUGGUUACGUUUGUGACUGCACAAACUCCGCCUAUGGAGGACCCUCCUGCACUGAAGAGGUGUCCAUGUCCUUUGAAAGAGGUGCAUCGGUCACCUACAACUUUCAGGAGCCAUUCUCCGUCAUGCAGAACAGGACGGCUGCCGUGCCGCCCGGGUCCACUCAGUACAGCAUGUCCAGAGACACCACAGCACUCAGUUUCCAAACCACUCAGAGUCCUGCCAUGCUGCUCACAGUCACUACGCUCAGCCAGCAGUAUGUGGCUGUCAUCUUAGCAAGAAAUGGGAGUUUACAGAUUUGGUACCGACAGCAUAAGGAGUUGACUCCAGAUGUGUUCAGCCCCAUUCGGAGUAACCUGGCAGAUGGACGACUACACAGAGUUCACAUCCAGCGGGAGGGAAAGGAUGUGUUUGUUCAGGUUGACCAUGAAAAUAAGAAGUACAUUCUAUCAUAUGAUGCAACCUUUAACUCCAUGAAGUCACUGACCCUGGGAAAAGUGACAGGAAGUGAUGUAAUAGAUGACGAGGUUACUUAUGCUGGAAGCAAAGGUUUCAUUGGCUGCUUUUCAUCUGUUCAGUAUAACCACAUUGCUCCUCUUAAGGCAGCAUUACUAAACCGAGGUAGCUCACUGGUUAGUAUACGAGGACGUCUGCUGGAGUCAAACUGUGGUGCAUUAGCUGACCUUUCAACUUCUGUAUCUCGCUUGGAUCAUGGAGAGAAGGUUGGCAAAGACAAUGAGCAUCAUGGAGACAACAGCCAGCCUGAUUCAGCCGUGAUCGGAGGUGUAGUUUCGGCUGUGGUCUUCAGUACUUUCUGUGUGCUGGCAGUGAUGAGCCGUUUCCUAUACCAGCAUCGACAGGCUCAAAGAACAGCGCGCCUCCAGGAGAAAGAGCACCAACGUAGCCUUGAAGCCGCUUACAGGGCAGAGUUUCACCUCCACCACCCUAUAAGAGACAGCAUGCAGGAAUAUUACAUCUGACGGACACUUCUUGUAGUUUUCAGUUCAGAUAUCAGUUCCACCUGUAUCUUCUUCAGCAAAGCCCUUUUAAAUUCGGGAAGGAUCGUUUGUCGGAGGUUUCCUCGCUUUGGGAGCGUCGGAAUCCUCUGGUCUAUGUAAGUAGUAGCUUGUAGUUCUCACAGUGCUUGCCCCAAGUGUUGGAUUAACUAAAGUUACAGUACUGUAGGUCGUUUUUGGGAUGUGAGUGGUUUGUUAGAAGGUGUUUUUAUUAUAAUUUAAUAAAAUGUCUUUUGGGUAGAAGUUGGAAUGGAGGGUAACAGACUUAAUGGGCUUUAGUGCAUGUUAAUUCAUCAUGUUUACUCCAGGAUUGAGAUCUGUCAUCCAGCAACAUGUUUUUAAAGCAUGGGAACACCUACAAGGUGACAACAUUGUAGCAGGCAAGCUUUCAACCCCAGUCCUGGAAAGCUAAACAAAUUAGAUAAUUCUUCAGGUUGACAGAACAGUGGCCUGUAAAAAUCCGGCUCAUAGUUUUCGGAUACUAAUUGUAAAGAAUAAAAAUAGACCAUUUAAAACAAAAUGUUUUGUAAAAUGCACAGUACAUCUUAUUAAUUUACUUUUACAAAGAAAAGCUGCUAUGAGAAGCUAAACUUAUUUAGUAAAGUGAUUCGAAAUUAUAUAGAGUUAAACUUGAUGCUUACUGAUGUAACAAUACCCAUAUGUGUUAUGAUGUGAAAUAUCUGCCAUAUUUAUAAUGAACAAAUCCUGAGGCGUUCUUAAAAUCUAAAAACAAACAUUUUAUGUUUUGUCCCAAAUGAACAUUGUUCAUUGAUAGAUGUAACGUCUCAAAGUCAUGCAAGUCAUGAAAAACACUUUUUGGUUAUGACUGUUUAUUAAUGUUUACUAAACAGUCAAUCUAGAAUUUUUUAGGUAUUCUAGUUAACUGAACAGGUUCCUCUGUUACUAAAAGCUUACAUUCGAAUCAGAGCUGUGAUUAAACUGGCAGGAUAUUAAUGCAUUUUAUCAAUGUAGUGUCACAGGUCUACCCAAAACAAUCUGCCCCUGUUUAUCCCUGGUAUUAAUGUGAUUAAAUCGAUCCAAUCCAAGUGUACUGGGCUUUAAAUGGGGCCCUAAGUGUUUUGUGAUCCGAUCACUGAAACAUUUGGAGGUAUUGUGUUUGUGAUUAGAAUUAAUGGCUCUUGAAGCCAUUCACCUGUCAGUCAUGUCAUCCAAUGCUUCAACAAAAAUGUUCACCUUUGCGGGUUGCAUCCGGAUUUAUAAGCAAAUAACUUGCCCUUAAAACACUGUCAGUGAGAUUUUUGCACUUUGUGUGUUAGAAAAAAUCUGAUAAAAUCUUAAGUUAUCACAAGAGAUGAAUUUUGUACAGAUUACCACAAAAUAGAUAAUGAUACUAGGUAUAAACAGACGUCUAUUGUCACAGAAUCUCCACCAUCAGUUCACAAUGUCUAUAAAACACAUAGGGGUGGUUUCCCUGACAAAGAUUAGCUUAAGCCAGGACUAGACCUUAGUUUAAUUUGGAAAUAUAACUAGUUUUAACAAUCAUGCCUUACUAAAAACAUUACUGGUGUGCAUUUUGAGGCAAAACAGAGGGUACUGAUGUAUGUUAAGAUAUGUCAGUGCAAGUUGUUUUCAGUUUGGACAGCCAUUUAUUUUAGUCUAGGACUAGUCUAAUCCCUGUUCGGGAAACUGCCCCAUAGAGUACUUCUAACAGAGAAAACCAUGUACAGUUGACAAGAAUACCUUCACUUCACAGUGCAAUGAUCUAGAUUUAAAAACUUUUCUAGACUCAGUAGAUUUUAAUUGUGGCAAUUAGUCCUUUAUAUUUUUGCCAAUACAAGAUCAGUAUUAACUCAGAAGAUUUUGUCAUGUUCAUACGUAAUUUUACUUGUGGCUUUUUUUUUAAAUGUUUUGUUUUGAAAACCACAAGUCUAAAUUAACACAACCAUGGAAAUAUACGAUAGGCUCUACAUAAGUGGUAAACAGUGGAUUUAUUUAUUUGUUUAUUUAUUGGUAUUGUUUUUUCCAAUAAUCCUUGACUUUAACUGGCACAAACAUAGUUGUUUCUUCUAGGACUGGACUGACAGAUCUUUCUUUUUCUCUUUGGAAACUGAAGUGUCCUUUGAUAUAUUUAUCUCUCAAACUAUUUUGUACCUUUAUUGAUAUCAAUUAUUUUAGGGGCUGUUUUGUAUGAAUGUAAAUGUACAGCUAUAUUGUAAAUACAUGUUUA